CUUUCUUUCGACUUUUAUUGUGUAUUGUCAAAAAAACGGGAAAUAUUAAGGAAGGGGGUGGAAGGGAGUUGUCAGCCGGUUUAUGGCGCGAACUGGGUCGUCUAGGAGUAGCCCGGGGAUGAGCAGGUUUCAAACACUGGGAUGAUCGAUAUAACUGCGACCCCGAGAGACGACAGCAAACGGCCGAGAAAAGCAGUUACAUUGUAUUUUUUUUCAAGUCAUCGAAGACGCGUCAUAAUGUGGCAAAAAUGUGAACUACACUUUCGAAAAAAAUGAUUAAAAUAUAAAAGUGUUAAUAAAAACGACAUGCAAUCUUCCACGACCUCGGGGACCCACGAACGGGGAUUACGCUCUUCGAAUGUCGCAGCAAUCGUGUUGAAUCGAUGAUGGAAACUCGCGUCUCGCUGUCCGGCGCGGAGGGGGAAAAAUCAGCCGGUAAGAGAACAAAGAAAGUCGUUAUGGCCACCGAGAGAAUCGAUUUGUCGAAACCCCUCUGGGAUCAGAGCACUUUUAUUGGAAGAUGGAAGCACUUUGCGUGGGUGACCGAUUCGAGAUCGUGCAUCGCUUCCGAGCGAGAGUUGUUAGCAGCGAAAAAAUUGUGCGAAGAUUAUAGGCUUGGUAAGGAGCCAGCCGGAACGACCUGGGAGCAACUAAAACACGCGAAGAAACUUUACGAGUCAGCUUUUCAUCCGGACACCGGUGAACUGCAAAAUGUUUUCGGUCGGAUGUCGUUUCAGGUUCCCGGUGGUAUGGCUAUCACCGGUGCCAUGUUACAGUUUUAUCGGACUACAACAGCGGUCGUUUUUUGGCAAUGGGUCAAUCAGUCCUUCAACGCAUUGGUUAAUUACACUAAUAGGAAUGCGAACAGUCCGGUGACAACGGCACAGCUGGGCACCGCUUACGUGAGCGCGACGACUGCAGCGAUGCUCACCGCGAUAGGAUGUAAAACAUUUUGGCAAAAGCGAGCCAACCCUUUGAUGGCUAGAUACGUGCCGUUCGCUGCGGUCGCUGCAGCCAAUUGCGUCAACAUACCUCUCAUGCGAAAAAAUGAAAUUGAGCAUGGAAUUGAAGUGAUCGACGAGAAUGGAAACAAACUAACAAAAUCGAGGGUCGCAGCUGCGAAGGGUAUUAGCCAAGUUGUUGUAUCGCGAAUAAUAAUGUGCGCACCUGGCAUGUUGAUACUUCCUCCCAUAAUGGAGAGACUUGAAAGGUUUCCUUGGAUGCAGAGGAUCACUGUUCUCCACGCUCCUUUCCAAGUCAUGUUGGUCGGUUGUUUCCUUUCCUUCAUGGUGCCCACUGCCUGCGCUCUGUUUCCACAAAACUGCUCAAUCGCUUCCAGCACUCUGAAACGUUGGGAACCCGAAAAUUACGAGAUUCUCGUUAAAAAUAGUCCAAAUGGAAAAGUACCGGAGUACCUUUACUUCAACAAGGGCUUGUAAAGUGGCACGAAGCUCAUAGUUAUCUCAGGGAUAGCGUAUAAUUAUAAAAUUCUUCAAAUCGAAUGGACUUUUCGUGCAUUUUGAAUAUAUGGGAAAAGAAAAAAAAACCAGGAAAAACACAAAACGAAGAUACGAUAGAACGAACUUGAGCAAGCUUUGCUAAUUUAUUCGGAGUUCAAAACUCGUAUUUUUCGUUAAAAUUCAUAACUGAGCAAUCUGCUAUUUUUAUCGAAAAUUCGUGAACGCUAAAUUUGGUAAAUUCAUGUAAACUGACAACUCCCAAUUCUCGUGGUAUUUUCAUCGGUUUUUGCGCGUUUUUUACAUGCGGAAAACAAUGAACAUCAUUUACCAUGAUCAAUGAAUCUCCCGGCUAAAAAAAAUUGUGCAAAAUGUUUUCGACUACAAAAUAACUUUCAAUUAAAAUGGGUUAAACGAAAACGGAAGUUUCGGUGUCGUAUGAAGUUCGUAAUCGUGCGCUGUGACGUUUUGAUGUGUAUUAUACUUCCUGAUGAAUAAUCUCAUAUCGAAGGGAUAAUCGAUGACAAUAUAUCAAGAGGGUUUUUAGAUAGAAACGCGAAGCUUUUUUCGUUCCUAACCAUUGAGACUGCUUAGCAAUAAAUAUUCUUUUUUCCUCAAACUAAUCACCGGAAAUCAUGAGCAAUUGAAGAGAUAAAUAAAGGAAGAAUUUUAGUUUUAAGUUCAAUUCUAAUCGUGCAAGCUUAGAAUCGAGGAACUUUGAUGAUAAUCCGUUGAUUGAGUUCCGGAAAUCCGAGAAGAAUCUACAUUUUAGGGUACAAUAACAAGAGUCAAGUGUAAUCUGUCCAGGUUACUGCUGCAGUGUAUUUUUUAUUAGCGAAUCAUUGGAAUCAGGAAAUACAAUAAGUAGAGAAAAAAAAUGAUGUUGCUUCAAAGCCUAUUUUUUUUCAAAUACACAGUCUUAAAUAUU